CGCUAAGGUUAUGGCAAUCUACAUCAAGUAAAAUUUUAAGAUGGCGACAAAGUGACAAGCAUUUCUUAGUUGCUUUCGUAUGAAGAAUUGAAUAAGUAAACUUUUAUAGUUUUCGUUCAUUUAUAUAAAUAGAUGGAAUUAUAAAAUAAUAGAAUUUUAUUAUUAUUAUUGAGCAUAACACAUAAACUCAACAAUGACUCAAACAAAUAGGAUGGAAGUAGAUGAGAAGAAUGCAAAGGGAGAAGGUUUUAAGCCAUACUAUAUAACGAAGAUCGAAGAAUUGCAGCUUAUAGUAGCAGAGAAAAGUCAGAACUUAAGAAGAUUACAAGCACAGCGUAAUGAAUUAAAUGCAAAAGUGCGUAUGUUACGAGAAGAAUUACAGCUAUUACAAGAACAAGGUUCCUAUGUUGGAGAGGUAGUAAAACCAAUGGAUAAAAAGAAAGUUUUGGUCAAGGUUCAUCCCGAAGGAAAAUUUGUAGUAGAUUUGGAUAAAAAUAUUGAUAUUAAUGAUGUAACACCAAAUUCAAGAGUAGCAUUGCGCAAUGAAAGUUACACAUUACAUAAAAUUUUACCUAACAAAGUAGAUCCUCUUGUUUCCUUGAUGAUGGUAGAAAAAGUACCAGAUUCUACUUAUGAAAUGGUAGGAGGCUUAGAUAAACAAAUUAAAGAAAUCAAGGAGGUAAUUGAAUUGCCUGUUAAACAUCCAGAGUUAUUUGAUGCACUUGGUAUUGCUCAACCAAAGGGUGUUCUUUUAUAUGGUCCACCAGGAACAGGAAAAACUUUGUUAGCAAGAGCUGUUGCACAUCAUACUGAAUGUACAUUUAUUCGUGUAUCUGGUUCUGAAUUAGUACAAAAGUUCAUUGGUGAAGGAUCAAGAAUGGUUCGUGAAUUGUUUGUAAUGGCAAGAGAACAUGCUCCAUCCAUAAUAUUCAUGGAUGAAAUUGAUUCCAUUGGUAGUUCUCGUAUUGAAUCUGGAUCUGGUGGUGAUAGCGAGGUUCAAAGGACCAUGUUAGAAUUACUUAAUCAACUAGAUGGUUUUGAAGCAACAAAAAAUAUCAAAGUUAUUAUGGCUACUAAUAGAAUAGACAUUUUAGAUCCUGCUUUACUUCGACCAGGCCGUAUAGAUCGUAAAAUUGAAUUUCCACCUCCUAAUGAAGAAGCCAGACUUGAUAUUCUUAAAAUUCAUUCUAGAAAAAUGAAUUUAACACGAGGUAUAAAUUUAAGAAAAAUUGCUGAACUUAUGCCUGGUGCAUCAGGAGCUGAAGUAAAAGGUGUUUGUACAGAAGCUGGCAUGUACGCUCUUAGAGAACGACGAGUUCAUGUAACUCAAGAAGAUUUCGAGAUGGCUGUCGCAAAAGUUAUGCAAAAGGAUUCAGAGAAAAAUAUGUCCAUUAAAAAAUUGUGGAAAUAAUUAUUUCAAACAAUCAAUCAGAUUGUCUAUCAAUUAUUACCACAUUUGCAACUUUUAUAACAAUGUUUCUAAUAUAUAUAUAUUGAUCAAUCUGUAUGUAGAGAAAUAAAAUCAGUUAGCUAUAAAAACAAAAUCAUAACUUUUUCAAUAUUUGUAUAAUUUUUUUAUUUAUGCAUUCUUAACAUUUACAUAAAAGUGUGAUUUGUUU